AUGCGCUUUUUCGAUCUUGCGACUUUGGCGCUUGUGGGCGGUGCCGGUGCUUUCAAAGUUACGGAGCACGAUAAAUUGGCUGCUCUUGGCCUAGCAAACGUCGGAAUUGAUGUCGCAAAGAAUGGCUAUCCGAACCCUGGCCAGUGCACUCUGAAGAACGUGAAAGUUCGACGCGAGUGGUCGACGCUCACGAAGCCUGAGAGGCGUAACUACAUCGACGCCAUCAAGUGUCUUCACUCCAAGCCUGGUCUCACGCCAGCUGGGGUCGCACCUGGUGCAAGGAGCCGCUUCGACGACUUUGUCGUGACUCACGUCCAACAGACGUACUCUGUCCACGGAACUGCCAACUUCCUAGCUUGGCACAGAUACUACAUCUGGGCCUAUGAGCAGCUACUGCGUGACGAGUGUGGCUACAAAGGAUACUUACCAUACUACAACUGGGCAUGGUGGCAUGAAGACCCCGCUUCAUCUCCCCUCUUCGACGGCAGUGAUACCAGUAUCGGUGAUGCUGGUGCCUACGUUCCUGGAAGGAACUAUACUUGUCUACCUUCCGAAGCGGCGGGAUGCCCAAUCAAGCUUGAGCCUGGAAGUGGUGGUGGCUGUAUUUCCGGUCCUUUGGCAAACUGGACUUCAAGUAUUGGGCCUAUUCAAACCAAGGCCAAAGGAAUCAAGCCGAAUCCACAAGCUGACGGUUUGGGUUACAACCCGAGAUGCUUAAGUCGGGACGUCAACAAGCACGCUGCUUACAGGUCGAGGGAUGAGGUUAUUACCGAACUCAUCAAGAACAGCAAGGACAUCCUUAGCUUCCAGAACCGCAUGCAAGGCGAUUUCCCGACCGGUUACCUUGGCGUCCACAGCGCUGGUCACUACACAGUGGGAGGAGAUCAAGGCUCCGACUUUUUCAACUCGCCAUCCGACCCCGCUUUCUACUUCCACCACGCUCAGAUCGACCGCACAUGGUGGAUCUGGCAAAACCAAGAUCUCGAGAACAGGAGGAAUGCGAUCGAUGGCACCAUCACUUUCCUGAACUCGCCGCCGAGUCGUAACGGCACACUCAAUGACACGCUGACCUUGGUCCUGUCCAAUAUGGCGAUAUCAUACGCCAGAGAUCAUCCGCAAGGUUUCACCAAUCGCAUUGAGAAGGUGGCUAUCGUAGGGGCCGGAGGACAAUUUGGAAAGCACUUGACGGAAGCGUUGUUGAAGACGGGUAAACACACAGUGACAGCUAUGACGCGCACCAACAGUACCAACAGCUUACGGAAAGGCGUGCGUAUUGAGCGUGUGGAUUACAGUGGAGAGAACUUGGACGCCCUUGUUGAUGUCCUCCGCGGCCAGCAAGUACUGAUCGUCACCAUGGCAAUUAUGACACCACGAGACGCUGUCAUGCCUAACUGGUUUGGUCACGACGCAGCCAACAAGAAGCUCUGCGAUGACUCUAUGCUCUCACCUUCUGGUGAAGCCAUCCACGCUGAGAUCGAGAAUCUCGGUGUGAGCGCAAACAUCCGACUCGUGUGCAACUUCUGGUACGAAUUGAGUCUUGGCGGCGGUCCAGAUCGUUUCGGCUUUGACUUCACGAAGCGAUCUUUUAUCGUGUUCGACGAGGGCGAUGUUUCUUUCAACGUCAGCACCUGGGCUCAGUGUGCUCGGGCAGUUGCGAACUUAUUCAGCCUCAAACAACUUCCUGAAGACGAAUCGGACAAGUCGCCUACUGUAUCACAGUGCAGUAAUCGCCCCGUCUACAUCUCGAGUUUUUGA